UGACGUCAUCCGGCUGUCGAUUCUUGCGGCGCCGCAUGAAGUCGAACAAGACUUAAAUGUUGACAUAUCAAAAUUAAAGAAGGCGGGAGUUUCUGUUCACAGAAGCCGCGAACGACUGCCAGACUAUCGAAUUACACGAUCGAGCAAGAAUUUUAACCAACCAAAUGAAAGGAGUCGGGUUUUUCUUAAGACGAACGCGAUUUUCAGCCAAUCACAUUACAGAGCUGAGCAGAAUUUCAGCCAAUAAUAUAAAAGAAGGCGGGAGUUUGUGUUCACUUGAGUUACAGGUACGUUUUUUAUUUAACUUGUUAAUAUCAUCAUGAAUGGAAAUGUUAAGUUGUUCAACGGUAAAAUUACCAGAAGAUUAGUCAUUUGCGCGCUGAAAAUCUAUUGAAAUAUAUUAACUUCCAAUAUUGUUAUUUACAUGGCUGAUAUUUAUGAACAGUUGCUGUACGUGAGGGAGCUGAAGUGACGCGUGCGCGCGCGCGAGCGAGCAACGGUUGCUUUACAGACGUGACGUGAGUAAAGCUCGAUGUGUGUUGAUGAUGAGAGAUGAGAUGGAUGUGAUGUGCUGUAAAUCAGUAGGAACUGAUCUGUCCAUGCUGGAUAUUGAUGAUUUCAUCACAGAAAUCUCUCAGCUGAAGAAAAAGGUGACGUUACUGGAGACAAAGCUGAGGUUAAGAGGAGAUGAAGAACUGAUUAGAGAGGAUGUGGUUUGUUGUGAAUCUUCCACACAGGACUCCGAGCUCAGUCUGACUUUACUCGGUUAUACUGAGUCAAAGCACACAGACGCUCAGGACACAACAGUGUGUGACAGUAAUGAGGGCUUACAGGAGGAUCAAACCUCUACAGAGUCUCUGGAUUCUGUCUGUAACGCUGGAGAACAGAAGCAGAUCCUGCAGACCAAACUCAAGAUGUGUUCAGUCAAACUCAUCGACUGCAGGAACCUCAUGAUGGAGAUGAGAAGAGAAACCACCGAUGAGGAACAUAACACUGAUGAAGACAACCAUGAUGACGAGGAUUCUAUUCCUUCAGUGUUUCUUUCAGAUGAGAAGAGUGAUUUAUGUUGUGAUGAAGAAACGUCAUCAACAUCAAAAGAGCGACUGACAGCACAAACUCUUUCCUGCAUCACCUGUGGAAAGACAUUCAGCUCACAGAGAAAUUUAGAGACACAUGAGAGAAAACACACAGAACAGAAACUCUUCACCUCCACCAGAUCUCAAAUCAGCUUUACUGCCUUACAAGAGAAGAAACUUCAUUCAGAAGAGCACAGAGAGAAGAAGAAGCAGCAGUUUCACUGUGAUGAGUGUGGGAUGAUUUGUGUCUCUUCCUAUAAACUAAAUGUUCACAUGAGGACACACACUAGAGAAAAACCUCACCGCUGUUGUGUUUGUGGGAAGAGUUUCUGUCGACAUGAACAUUUAGUGUCACACCAGAGAACUCAUACAGGUGAAAAACCUUACUACUGCACUGAAUGUGGAAAUCACUUCAGCACCAAAAACACUCUUAAUGAUCAUCAGAGAAUUCACACUGGAGAGAAACCAUACAAGUGUCCUCACUGUGAGAAGAGAUUCAGCCAGAAAACUUGUCUGAAGAGACAUGUGUUUAUACACACCAAUGAGAAACCGUAUCAGUGCGGUCAAUGUGGAAAAACCUUUAGGCACUCAAGUUCAUUAAAAUUACACCAGAAUAUUCACUCUGGAGAGAAACUUCAUCAAUGUUCACACUGUGAGAAACGUUUUGGUCGUAAAUCUCAUCUGAAAGUCCAUGAGAGAGUUCACAUUGGAGUAAAACCUUAUUACUGUAGUGUUUGUGGGAAGACUUUCAGUCAACAUGGAGAUGUAGUGAGACACCAGAGUACUCAUACAGGUGAAAAACCUUACAAAUGCUCUCAGUGUGAAAAGACGUUUGCUCGAUCAGAUUUCUUAAAAGUCCAUGAGAGAGUUCACACUGGAGUAAAACCUCAUCACUGUAAUGUUUGUGGGGGGAGUUUCAGUCAACAUAGAGAUGUAGUGAGACACCAGAGAACUCAUACAGGGGAAAAACCUUACAAAUGCUCUCAGUGUGAGAAGACUUUUACUCGAUCAGAUUUCUUAAAAAUCCAUCAGAGACUUCACACUGGAGAGAAACCUUAUGUCUGCUCUCAAUGUGGAAAGAGCUUUUCUUAUCCAGGUAAUUUUAAAGUUCAUCAGAGAGUUCACACUGGAGUAAAACCUUAUUACUGUAGUGUUUGUAGGAAGAGUUUCAGUCGACGUGAUCAUUUGGUGAGACACCAGAGAACCCAUACAGGUGAAAAACCUUACACAUGCUCCUAAUGUGAGAAGAUAUUUGCUCAGUUAGGUACGUUAAAAAUCCAUGAGAGAAUUACACUGGAGAGAGAAACCAAGCACCGCUUGAUCUGUCGAGAGAGAUUCACCAAUUCUAAAAGUUCAGAAUCAUCAGAAGAAACAUACUGAAAAUCAAACACUAAAAUCAUCAUAGUGUAAAUAGUUCAUAGUUUAACCUGAAAUAAUUUAGCUUAAGUUCAGAGUUCUUCUAAUUGUAAUGAUCCAGAUCUGUGUUUCCCCAGUCCAUGUCUUUUAUUUUGAAGUUCUGUUCUGUCUGACAUGUUUUGUAGUCUUUUGUAGUUGUCUUUUGUAGUUUUUUUUCUCAUUGGUUCCCUGUUGAUUGUCUCCCCAGGUAUAUUUCCUUGGUCAGUCUUUAUUGGUUUCUGUGUCCUGUUCUGUUUCUGGAUUACCUUGUUUUAUGGUUUUGUUUAAUAAAAGCUGCAAAAAGCUGCCUGCCUACCUA